AUGUCAUGUCCACGUGGCGGAAACUACGAACUCCGACCACCAAUCCGACUUCACCCAAAUACUAUCAUCAUCAAACAAUGGUAUGCCUUCGUUCUCGUCGUCGCCUGGACACAUACUGAUACUUUGCAGGGUGGAGGCGGACGAUAUCCCUAUCCCAAAUAUGUUUGGUCACCAGCUGGCGGUUGGUGGGUUCAACCAUCCAACUGGAAAGCAAACACAGCUGUCGUCGCCACUGGAAUUUUUGCGAUCGCUUACCUCGUUGGAUCAUUGAGUGCCGCAAGAGAGCAACGCCCUAUAGCGCCGAAAAAGUGGAUCCCGUCGAUGCUCUGGGCGAAACAGUUCCAGGAGGCGGAGAAGGUGCGCUUCAUAAAAAUUUCCCUCUCCAAAGCUCAUCCUUUUCAGGAAUCAUAG